AGUGCUGGGGUCUGAGGGCUUGACUCUCCCCAGCUGUGCAGAUGCUCAGCCAAAGCAUGUUUCCUCCCUCUGAGGUGACCCAGCAAAUAAAUAGGGGGCUGGUGGAGAGCCUGGGGAGGGUCACCUUCCCCUGAGGACCCCUGGACACCAACACAGUGAAGAAAAUACACCUAAAAGGUGUUUGCUCAGUGCUUUCUAGGAGCUGUUCAACAUCAUCACGCCAUAACUCUGGCAGUUCAGUGACAUCAGGUGCCUUGGCAGUGGCUCAGCCCUGAUCUUCAGCCAGGCCUCAGGGAGAGCUCAUCUGGCACUGAAACACCCCAUGUCACCCGCUAGGGUUUAGCAAGAUCCUGUCACUUCAAUUACACCCUCAGCAUUAGCCGCCCGCAGCGGGGAUGAGCUGGUUACUUCAUUGAAGCUGCUGUAAUCUCCUGCACCCCGGUGCAGAUGCCAAGAGCAGCCACCCACCCCGGAGCCUCGGGGCUCCUGCCCUUGUCCUGCCGUGCACCGAGUUCCUCUGUCCUCUGCCCCAGUCCCAUCCCAUCCCCUUGCCACAGCCCUGCACGUGGUCCCCAGCAGCCACUUCACCCCACUAGAGACUCUUGUCCCCAGAAGCAGCUGGUCCCCACGUUCCUCCCCGCGAUGGGAAAGUGUCAUGAAGCUGAGAAACCCACUGAGAAAAGAGAUGCUGUUCAAAUCUGCUGCUGCUCCAGCGUGGUUUGUCUUGGCAUCCCCCAGAGCUCCGUGGGGUGAUUACUUCAGAGAAACCAAAAGUAACUGCUUGGCUUGAGGCCGUCUCAGGAGAAGCAGUAUUUCUCUUUUCCUGGAGAGCUCCUUAUGAGGAUGUUGAAGAUGUUGAUCCUGCCCUUGAUCACCUCCAGCCUCAUGUCCGGGCUGGCCACCAUGGACACCAAGGCCUGUGGGAAGAUGGGGGUGCUCACCAUCACCUACUACCUUUGGACAACCUUCAUGGCAGUGACUGUGGGGAUCAUCCUCGUGGUCAGCAUCCACCCGGGCGCAGCUGCCCAGAAGGACAAGUACUCGGUGGGGAACGUGGUGCUCAGCUCCGCGGAUGCGCUGCUGGAUUUAAUCAGAAACAUGUUUCCUUCUAACCUGAUUGAAGCUUCAUUCCAGCAGUAUCGAACGGUUCUGGUCCCGGUGGUGAAGUCUCCCGGCAUUCCAAAAAUCCCAGGGAAAACUCUCAGUUUUAUCUACUUUGCACCUGAUGAUGAAAAUCCUGAAAUCCAUCGGCCUGUGUUCCUCGAGCUGACACCAUCACCUGAGAUGACCUACAGGACCCUGCCUGGAACCAGCAAUGAGAUGAAUGUCUUGGGAAUCGUCAUCUUCUCAGCGACAAUUGGACUUCUCCUGGGAAGAAUGGGUGAGCGAGGAGCGCCACUGGUGAACGUGUGCCAGUGCCUGAAUGAGGCCGUUAUGAAAAUCGUCUCAAUGGCAGUUUGGUACUUCCCCUUCGGCAUCGUGUUUCUCAUUGCUGGAAAGAUCCUGGAGAUGGAAGACCCAUCAGUUAUAGGACAGAAGCUGGGGCUUUAUGCCAUUACUGUAGUGUCAGGACUAGCCAUCCAUGGAGUCGUUCUCUUACCUCUGCUUUUUACACUCAUCACCAAGAAAAAUCCCUUUGCUUUCAUCCAGGGGAUACUGCAGGCCCUGCUCAUCGCCUUAGCUACAUCCUCCAGCUCAGCAACCUUGCCCAUCACCCUGAAGUGUCUCCUAGAGAACAAUGGAAUAGACAGACGUGUGGCACGAUUCGUCCUCCCUGUCGGUGCCACCAUCAACAUGGAUGGCACCGCGCUGUACGAAGCAGUCGCUGCGAUCUUUAUUGCCCAGGUCAAUGAAUAUGACUUGGAUUUGGGACAAAUUAUAACCAUCAGCAUCACAGCUACAGCAGCCAGCAUAGGGGCAGCCGGGAUCCCCCAGUCCGGACUCGUCACCAUGGUCAUCGUGCUGACUUCUGUUGGGCUGCCCACAGACGACAUCACACUCAUCAUCGCAGUGGACUGGGCUCUGGAUCGAUUUCGGACGAUGACCAAUGUCCUUGGUGAUGCUCUGGCUGCUGGCAUCAUAGCACAUGUCUGUGAGAAGGACUUUGCUCCAAAGGCUCCUGUGCAAGAUCCAAUAAGCAAUGCAGCCAAGCUCCCUUCUGGGGAGGCCUCACACCUGCAUCCCAAAGACAACGUGAUUGAAGUGAUGGAAGAAAGCUUGUUCAGUCAGACAGGAGUUCAUUAUAACAUCUGUCAGGUGUAGAUCACAGCAUUCCUGCGCCUGGGAAUGGGAUCCUGGUGCUAAACACUGACACGGUGAAUGUUCUGUGUGGAUGCUCUGCAAGACAAAGGCCUUAUUUGGCACAAAAACUGGGAAAAACCUUCUCUAUGCUUUGAAGACCACAGGACUCUGCAGCAGCACCUGUAGAGCGACCCCCUGCACCUGAGGCCACCUCUUGCUUUGCUUUAAUAGAGAGAGGUUUUAUUUCUAAUCAUUGCUUUUUUAUUUGAUUUCAUUCCUGGGUUCUCAGCUAUAAACCAGGAUGAAGCAAAUCUUUGGAGCUCAAAACCCAAGUGGGACAUAACUGCAUUUUCAGCUGGUUGAAACGUUCCACCCUCUGCUUGGACAGUGGGAUUCAUUUAACUGCAGGGAUGGAAGGACCAGCUGUGUGUUUCUACCGGCUGUCGUCUUACGCUGAAGCUAACUGACCAGGCGCAAUUGCAACCAUGUUGAUUUUCCCAGCUACGGAUCUAAGUCCCUAAGUCCAAAUUCCAAUCACAGCCUUAAAAUCACAGCCUUAAAACAGUGUUCAAGGCCAGGUUGGACGGGGCUUGCAGCAACCUGCUUUAGUGAAAGCUGUCCCUGCCCGUGGCAGGGGAUUGGAACUGGAAGAGUUUUAAGGUCCCUUCCAACACAAACCAUUCCAUGAUUCCAUGACUUACACCAGUGUGUGUCUGCUGCUCAGCAGGGAAGAGCAGCCUUGAUUCACCAAACCCAAAGCAGGCACCCAUCUAAUCCCAAAAUGCCAGCACGGCUUUAUGCCUCCAGAGCAAUGAAAACUGUGCAGUGAUUGAGGGACAAGAGACUUCCAGAAGAUCGUUUCCAGAAGACAAGAAAGGAGAAAAGAGAUGGACAAAGCCUCUGGGCACUAUCUGAGGGAGUUUUAUUCUGCCCUGACUGUACUGAGGAGCACCAGACCCGGUGGGAGGCAGAGGAAGAUGUGCUCCACAGAAGGCAAAUGAAGGCACCUUGCUUAGCAAAUGGAAAACUACCUGUUCAGCCUCGAAAAAGGUCAAAUGUGAUUCAAUCCUGCUGGAUGACACACUGCACCUUCAGCGUGUUUCAGCCUAUUUUCCAGCAACAAACACGUAAAUCCAUUUCUGUUUCCAUGCAAUUGGCAGUGCAAGGUGCACACAGACACUGAAAUCGGGGCACACAAGCCCCAGAUCUAAACAUCUUCCUUGGCAAUCCUUGUUUUCCUUACAAACACAGAAAUCUCAGCUGAUAGUGGAUGUAGAUGUUCCCCAGAUGAUGGGGGGUGUGUGUAAUAUCGUAAUAAAGUUGGAGAGCAACUGAGGAAAGGA